GUGGGGAAUGAAUGGGUAGCUGUCACUGCGGUCCACAUGCACAUCCAACGACAUUUAAAGCAGAUUUUAUCUUUUAUGAACCAUAGUUUGUGUUGGCCUUAAAAGAAGAAGCCAAAGAACGCCAGUUUCAGAGAGGAGUUCUUACCAUGAGUUUUGUGGAGUACUCAGACUUCAUUCAGGAUGGGGAUGUUGCCAUCGUCUACCUGGGCCAUGACUCCUUGAUGCCAGUCAAGGUGCAGCAGGGCGCCCAAACGCAGACGCGCUAUGGAGUCAUUCGCCAUUCCACAGACCUGAUUGGGCAGCGUUAUGGGUCGAAGGUGACCUGCAGCAAAGGCGGGUGGGUCCACGUGCUUCACCCCACGCCUGAGCUGUGGACGGUGUCCCUGCCGCACCGCACACAGAUCCUCUACACCACCGACAUCGCCACCAUCACCAUGAUGCUGGAGCUGAAGCCGGGAUCCGUCGUCUGCGAGUCCGGCACCGGUAGCGGCUCCCUCUCCCACGCCAUCCUGCGUACCGUCGCCCCCACGGGUCACCUGCACACGGUGGAGUUUCACCAGCAGCGGGCGGAGAAGGCGGCAGAGGAGUUCAAGGAGCACCGCGUGGAUCAUCUGGUCACCGUCAGGAACCAGGACGUGUGCAAAGACGGGUUCGGAGUCACCGGGGUGGCGGAUGCCGUCUUCCUGGACAUCCCCAGCCCCUGGGAGGCCGUGAGACACGCCAAGGCUGCCAUGAAGAAACAAGGAGGUCGGGUGUGUUCGUUCUCUCCGUGCAUAGAGCAGGUUCAGAGGACGUGUGAGGCUCUGGCGGAUCAGGGCUUCGAGGAGAUCAGCACCGUGGAGGUCCUGCUGAGAGUCCACGACGUGCGAACCGUCUCCCUGCCGCUGCCCGACUUCGGCCCCGAGCCCUCUGCUCAGAUGGAGUCCGACGCCGCGGAGAAAAAGCCUCCCGCUCCAAACCAGGCCUCCAUCACCAUGAAGACCACCACCCCGCCCAGAGAAAUCCCAGGUCACACAGGGUACCUCACCUUCGCCACCAAACCAAGAACCUAAAGCUCAGGAGGGGUGGUCUUUAUUGCGCCAACAGGAAAUGGGACGUGGUCUAUAAUCCGUCCUUGCUCCUGUGUAUUUUCCAUGUACAUUAAUAAGACUGAUAAUCCAGCAGGGGUACCAGGUCCCUCCUGGUCCCGGUUGGCACUGCAGCACCAAGAGGAUUUACAGUGUUGUGUUACAUAAUUUUGAGCUCCUGUCACUUGGCACCAGUUUGUUGCUUGCAUCAAGCAAGAGUGAAAAUCAAGUCAACAGUGAUUUCAUUUGAGAUAUCAAUAAAUAUCCUUUAUAGCUUUUUUGAUCAUAACUGAAAAGAUGCCUCCCCUUUUUAUAAAAAUCAUUUUUAUUCGUUGGGGGAAGAAAUAGCUUUAUUUUGACCUUU